GGCGGGUUGAGAGGUCAUUGUAGCCCGGCUGUUGUUUGACAGAAGGAGUGUCGCAGUUGCGAUUACACUAAUGGCAUCAAAUUCAGAAAAUCCAUGUGCAACUGAAGAUAUGGCUAGAAACAAGACACUGGACCGAUGUCUUCAGGUUCUACAAGAAGCAAAAAAUGAUAGUGAGCAGUUUGCAGCACUUCUACUGGUGACCAAGGUGGUGAAGGCUGGUGAAAUAGAUGCUGCAACCCGUCGACAGAUCUUUGAUGCAAUCGGAUUCUCUUUCCCAAAUCGGCUACUUAUUACCAAGGAGUCUCCGCAUGGCUGCCCCAGUCAAAUUUUCCAAUCUCUUGGCAUGACUCUCCUUGCAUGUUUUUCGACAAAUCCGGAAUUGGCUAUUCACCCACAAAUCCUCAACAAAAUCUCCAUUUUCAAUGAAAUUAUUUGUUCAGAAAUGGAUGCUGGAGCGGAUAUUGCCACAUUUACAUCAAUGAUUGAUGACUCCUUCCAGUGUCUCCAAGCAAUUUCUGCCCACCCUCAGGGUCAGAGACAUCUCUUAGAUGCAGGAACAGUGUCUGCAUUAUGUCAGGUUUAUCUAAAUCAAAGUCAUGGCCACAUGCACGCUUUGUGUCUUCUUGUCAGUCUGCUGAACACGAUGGAAACCAAAUGUUGGAAAUCUAAUAAAUCCGACCUCUUGAAGGUUCUGAACAAACUCAGUGAACAGUUUGCUACAGAAGAAGAUAAUCAGAAAUUUGAGUUGUGCAACAUAUUGCAGCAUUUUCUACCUGCUGCACCUAUCCUAACUGAGGACUCAUCUCUCACUGGGUGCUUGAAAAAUCUUUAUACUGGUCUGUUCAGCAUACUCAGCAGUAAACUGAAUAGUUCACAACGAGACCCUGCCCUGAAACUUGGUGGCCUCUUAGUAACUGUUUAUGGUUCAGACUGGAUCUUGGCAGAAAAUCCUGAAGCUAGCCGUAAAUUUUUAGCAUUGAUGGUGAAUCUUGCCUGUGUGGAAGUUCGAAUGUGUUUGGAAGACUCAAACCUGGAUGCAACUCGCUUUAAACCAGAUGUCAUCACGGCCUGUUAUAGUAUCAUUGAGUUUGGAAUGAUGGUUUGUGUGCUGGGAGAGAAAGUCUGUUUUACAGAAACUGAAAGUCGCCAAUUAGUACGGAUAAUGGUGGAAGCUUUUGGAGCAGUCAUUUGCUAUUUUAAGCAGGUUACAGAGGAACAGCAGUGGGAUCCAUUUCUGUUUGCCUCAGUCCGAAUCCUGGGUGCUUGGAUGGCUGAAGAGACCUAUGCACUCAGACAGGAAAUCUGUGAUGUGCUGCCUUUUCUGAUUUGUUAUGCUCAGAAGCUGUUUGAAUGUCCAAUAAAAUCCAAUGACCUAAACAAUCAAGUGAAAGGACUAUCAUUGGCUGAUAGACCCGAGGUAACAAAGUGGUCUGAAGAUGCCUUGAGAUUUCUGUUGCCUGGAUUUUGUCACCUUUCAGCUGAAGAUGUCCCUCGGAGGAUCUUAAUUUCAUGCGAGUUUCAUGUUUUGCUUCUUCGUUAUUUCACACAACAGUGGGAAGUCUUCAGUUCUUCCAAAAAUGCACCAAUUUUGCCAAAUGAUGCAGAGAUGAGUCUUCGAACAGCUUGUGGAAUUUUUCUGAACCUUGUGGUAACGGAGCCUGCACUGAUCAGGCAGGAAGAAUGUUUCUCAUCUUUACUUAGCUUGUUAAUGGAAUCCUUGCAGUCUUUGCUUUAUAGCCAACAUCACCUGAUUCUUGCUGCUAAUUUCACAACUUUGGGCUUGAUGAUGAGUCGCAUACUUGCUGACACACCAGUGUUACAGGGAACUACAGUGUCGAAGGGCUUUUUCCGAGGGGCAAUUCACUUUUUGUCAAAAGCACAUACAACGCAGCUGAACACGAUUGAUGACCAAACCCAGAUUGUGGUGGCUGAGAGAUACCAAAAAGCUUGGGAUCAAAUCUCAGAACUUUGGUUUCUGGGAAUGCAGGCAUUUAGUAGUUGUGUACCUUUGCUACCAUGGCUACCACAAAGCGUAAUUGAAUCAGAAUGGUUGAGUCACAUUUUUGAUUUGCUAAAUAAGUGUUCUCCCAUGACUAUGGAGUUUGACCUCAUUGCUGCCUUUCAGUGUGUUUUAGCUGAACUGGCCAAGAACAGCAAACCAUGUAGAGACAUUAUAUUGUUAAAUAAUGGUGAGGAGAAAGCCAACCUGUAUGGAAUGGCAGCUUUGGAGCAGUGUGUUUCUCAAAAUUACUGACAAGCCAACCUCAACGCAAACUGGCCAAGGAAUGAUCUGAAGAGGCUUGGAGCUUGGCUGUACUUCCUUGUAAAAUGCUGGUUAAGAUUUUUUUUUAAAUUAACAUUUUAUUUAAUUUUAGGUUUUGAAGAAUUUGACAUUUGCUGGUUACAUUUGAUCAUUCAGCUAUUUUGGGAAUUGGUUUAACUUAGGAGAUGCAACAACUGCAGCUCUCUUUACUCCACACAUUCUCUGCUACGCUCACUCCUUUCAUCUUUGGUUGCGAGAAGUUCUAAAAUACAGCCCUCUUAUAUAAAUACUUCAUAAUCAGUAUUGUACAAUAAAAAAAUAAAUUUUUGACAGUUGUGAAUCAGAAAUGCAAGAAAUAAUGACUUUUUUACAGCAUGGAAUUAGUUUGAGUUUACUGCACAGCUGUAUCAUUGACUAAAAAUCCAAGCUAGUUUGAAUAGAAAAUGCCCACAUCCUGUUAUGGCUCAGCUGGUGCUAAAUAAAUCAGUUUGGAUCAUUUUAAUCCAGUUUUUAAUGGGAAAGAGAUUGCAUCACAGAAAUCCUCAGAUGUGGUAGAACUUGUCCAGACCAAAUUGUCAGUUUGAAUACGAUACUUUUAAAGAAAUUAUAUAUGGAUGCUGCGGGGAGGAGUUGGGCUUCUAAGUUGCUAUUUUAAGCCAUAUAAUUGAGGCAAAAUCUCAUCAUCGAACCACCUUACCAGAAUGAAAAUCGGACUUGUUCGGACAAGCAUAGAAAAAUUCGAAGUAGCUUAAAAUGGAACUGUCAGUAAGACACUUUAGGUCUUGUAGAAUUGGAUCCCAUUAAAGUAUCAUUUUGUUAUGUCAUUUUCUGUGCAAAAAAUUACUGCUGUGAAUUUUUAGUUUAUCUCCUGUAAAAUUUCACUGCUUAGAUAGGAUAUCAUUCUAUUGUCUGUCCUCCAGAGAUGAUGUGAACUCCUGUUUAUAGCUGUCAUUAUCUUUUGGCAACUUGAUAUUGGAGGAAUAUCAUUGGAGACAAUGGUUCCAGAAGGGACAAAAAAAAGCUAGGUAUGUGCAUUGAAACAUUAUUUUUCAAAUUGAGCCAGCGAAUGUUUGGAAGACAGCUGUGGUGAAACAUAGAUUUUUGUCUGUUUUACCUGAAAAGGGUCUUUGGUAUGCCAGUGAUGUUAUGACUCAACACUGCGUGUGCAUGUGUGUGUAUGUGUUGGCAGGAGGAAGGUGGUGGUGUUAUUCUUUUAGAUCAAUUUCUGGUGUUCUAUUCAUGAAUUGUCUUUAACAGUUCAGAAUCUUUUCUGUGAUGAGGGAGCAUAUCCCGUAGGUCCACCGUCUUUUCUUUCUUGUUAUAAGACUCAAAAUAUUUUUUAAUUCCCAAUUUCAAAGUUUGGAACAAUUCCCAAUUGUCUAAUGUAAUUCCUAAUUCAUCUAAAUAUGUCUUAAGCUAUUACUUUAGUGCUGUAUAUGAAGUUAAAGAAAAUAACUUGUACACUGCUUCUAUUAAAGAACAUUAGAGUCGAAAAAGGUGGUACUGGAAAAGCACAGCAGGUCAGACAGCAUCAGAGGAGCAGAAGAGUCUAUGUUUCGGGCAUAAGACGU